AUGAGACGCUGGUUUUCGACAGAAAUCUUGGGGCGCCAUGGCGACGAGGCCGACCAUGAAGCCGAGAAAGGCACCGGUCCUGCAGCAGAAUCAUCCACAUCCGAUAACUCAGAGAAAGUGAAUGCCACGGGAACGACAAGUACUCUGCCACAAAAUGUCGUCAAUCCUUUUAGUGGUCUGCCGGAGAAACCUGUCCGUCAACACAAGCGCAAUGCCUCGGCCUCAUACGAGAGCCGCUGGGACCGCCUCAAGGAAUUCCAUGUCGUCUUUUUAAUCGAUGAUUCGCCCGCCAUGCGCAAUGACUGGGCCGAGGCCCUGUCCUUCCUGGGCGAGGCCAUUCCCGAGUGUCUGGACCGUACUGGCCAAAACGUCUCCGUCUUCUUCACCAACCGCUGGACCGCCGAGCCCUCGCGGUACGGAGGUGACGACUGUGGUGGCUGGAAGCCCCAGUGGCCUGUCCCCUCGGGCCACAUUGAUAUUCGCUACGUCACCAGGGCCGCUGCCGAGGCCGCGAGCUCUCCGCCCCAGACGAGUGCCGAGUUUAUUUUUGAUGGUGUGCUUCCCGUGACCGAGGAGGAAAGACUAUCGGCAGUAGCAGCAGCAACAGCCGCCGCCGCGGCAGACACGCUGCGCGAGACAACCUCAUCCACCACCACCCCAGCCACCGGCAUGGCCAGACGACUAGGCCAUAUUCUCCGACCCUACGUCCAGGCCUACACGGCCGGCCAGGCCGGCGACACAGAGUUCAAGCACAUUGCCAACCUGGACGUCAUUGUCGUGACCAAUGGCGUGGACGCGGCCGACGUGCAGACCGAGACGCUCGCCGUCGCCGAGGACCUGGCCGAGUGCGGCGCGCCCACGGCCCAGGUCGGCCUGCAGUUUGUCCAGGUCGGCGACUCGGCCGAGGGCGGCGCCCUGCUCCGCGAGCUGGAUAGCGACAUCGUCCUCGGCGAGCGCGACAUGAUUGAUACCGUCCGCUACGCCCAGACGCGGGACCCCCGUACUGGCCGCAUGACGGGCGAUGGUCUUUACAAGGUUCUCCUUGGCGGUGUUAGUCGCAAGGUGGAUAUGAAGAAGCUGGAGAAUGGACAAUUCCUAGGCAAGAAAUAG